GAGCACCUUCUGCAUUUCCUCAUCGAGGGGCUGGCGUGCAGGCGGCAGAGCUGAAGCUGGUCACGAUGCAGGUGCUUCUCCCGUGCAGCCGGCUGGUCCUGGCUCUCGCCCUCCUGGUUUUGGAUUCUUCUGUUCAAGGUUUACCUGUGCGGAGAGCCAGGUACCAGAGGGUCCGCUGUAAUCCCGACAGUACUUCUGCAAACUGCAUUGAUGAAAAGGGACCAAUGUUCGACCUGCUUCCAGGAGAAUCCAACAGAAUCCUCUCUCCAAGGACUGACCCUUUCUCAAUGACGAGAUUCCAGGACUUGAACGAUGUCUUCCCUCUUUCUGAGGACUAUUCUGGAUUAGGCUCUGACUUUGACUCCAUAUCUGGAAGUGGGUCUGGAGGUGGCUUCCUGAACGGAAUGGAGAGUGAAUAUCAGCCAGUGGACACAGACGAUGCUUUUUAUUACAACUUUAAGCCCGAGCAUGCCGACGACCAGGACUUGGGUCAAGAUGGACCAGAAGGGAAUUUUAUUAUGUAAAAGAGAGGGUCUCCCACCCCAACACCAGGCCGUGCAUUCAGUGUAUUUUGCAUACUAUAGUUAAGUGAUUAAUUUUGGGACAAAAAGCUUUAUAGAAAUUUAAAACAUCUGAAAAAGAAGUUUAAGUUUUAUCACCUUUCCCCCCAUGAAUUAUUAAAGACUCCUUUACCUGUA